AUGUCUCGAGCCGCGUCAGGCACGUCACAAGCGCAGACCCCUGGAGACAGCACCAGGUUAACGCCCAGUGCCGCUGAGAGGCCAUCGACAAGCCAUGACGGGGGUGACCACCUCAGCGGCUCGAAGGCUGCUACUCUUCGACAAAGACACGCCGACUUCUCCCGUCUUGGCACCAAGCUAAAACACGACCGCGAUGACAUCGUUCGAGGACGCAGAGAAGGUGCCAAGGUUGACGCCAAUGGCCAGGUUCAGUUGACGACGGCUGAUGAGAAGCGCGUGGUUGCGCUCACACUGGAAAUGGUUCUUGCGUACAUGGUGGCGUUUAAGUCUCUCUCGCAGGCUCGCCACACAGAACGGAAACCAUGGGAUCCUGUCCCUUGGGAACAGCUCCAGCCUCACCUUCAGGAACUGAAGCACAGAAGCCGGCACGCUAGAGCACUACAGAGUCUUGCCUUACAGCUUAACGCAGUCUGUCUCGAGGAGCUCUGUCUGUCCUACGCGAACCAGGACCAAGCGCUGGGCUCUAAGGCAGCCAGUUCAUUCAUCCAGGCAUCGAGGCGGCGACACGAUGCGUGGCAGGCAGCCCAUGACAUCCUACCCACCGUUAAGGACGAGAGUUUGAGGGUGGAGCUGGGCCCCUGGAGUUCGCCCCACGAAGCUGCCUCCGCGGCUCUGCGCACCCUACGCCGGUGGGUAGAGCGCGAGAGCGUCGAGUGGCGCGCGGAGAUUGUUCUCCCCGUAGCGAACGGAACGUAA